AUGUCUAACGAUCAGUCGCUGCUUGAGCGCGUUGAGAUGCCUAGCAUCCCUGAGUCUGCUAUGAAGCAGAUUGCUAUCUUGGAGGAGGAGUUCUCCCGUGCGGAGGUUGAGCAAUUGCGCCACAGCGCCAUGCUCAUGGCCCCGCUCAUCCAGAAGCGCAGCCAAAUCAUCACACUCCCCGAGGUGCAGCCCGAGUUCUGGAUGCGCGUCUUCGCUAGCGCACCCCCCGAGAUUGACGAGUACAUCCUGGCCAGCGAUGCCCGCCUGCUCGGCGAGUGCCUGAAGAACCUGACCGUCGAGCGCUUCGAGCUGGAUGCCCAAGGCAAUGGCGAGCCCCGUAGCUUGCGCUUCACUUUCGAGUUCAAGACCGGCGAGGAGAACCCCUACUUCACCAACGACAAGCUCGUCAAGGAGUUCUACUGGCGCCAGGAGGUGACCAAGAGCUCCAGUGGCCGCACCCGCACCUGGGAGGGUCUGGUUUCCGAGCCUGUCCGCAUCAACUGGAAGAAGGAUAUGGAUCUGACCAAGGGUCUGUUGGAUGCUGCCUGCGACCUCGCUGACGCCGAGAAGAAAGGCGGUGACCGCAGACAACUGCCCGAGUACGCUGCUCUUGUGCAGAAGGUUGAGGAGGCUGAUGCCGAGACUGAGGCUGCCCAGGCCGCAGAGGACGAGGAUGAGGAGGAUAUGCCCAGCCCCGUUGGUAUGAGCUUCUUUGGAUUCUUCGGAUACCGUGGCCGUGAUAUCUCUGCCGCCAAGUCCCAGGAGGCUGCCAAGGAGAUCGAGGCCCGCUGGGCCAAGGUUCAGCGUGGUGAGGAUAUUACGGACGCUGCCGACUCCGACGACGAGGACGAGGACGAGGACGCCGAUGGACUCGAGGAAAUCGAGAUCUUCCCCGAUGGUGAUGACCUUGCCGUUGCCAUCGCCGAGGACCUCUGGCCCGAUGCGCUCAACUACUACGUUCAAUCCUUCCAGAUGGGCGACGAGCUCGAAGAUAUGGACCUCGAGAUGGAUGACGGAGAUUCUGAUGAAGAAAGUGAGUCGCGCCCGCGCAAGAAGGCUCGCAAUUAA